GCGCUUAGGGGCUCACCCACCGAGAAGAAGCUCGAGACGUCAGUUGAAACAUGGCGCUGAACGGCAGAGCUGUCAACAGUCAACUGAGGGAAGAAGCAACAUCAACAACCGCUGCCGCACCUUCUCUCUGAAAGUCAGAUACGGAUUACUAUCUGCGUUUCAUUUUUUUCAGACACUUAACGUCGAAGCUACCGUUAAAGCCACUGCUUAGCUACCUGUUUAACCACAACAUGAGGCGAUCUGUUUAGCUUACUGUCGUUUAUUUACUCGGUGGCUGCUACCUAGCUUCUUCUAUUUGGGCUAACGUCAGAGCUACUAGUCGGUGUAUAAUACCAAAACAUGAUUCGUUGAACUGUUGCCGUUCACUCAGGUCCUGUCAGCUUAAAAUCACCUGAACGUCAUAUAUGCCAAGUUUGUAUCGGUUUAUACUAGGUGAAUAGCAUUGAGACAUGUCAGACAACCAGAGCUGGAACUCCUCCGGUUCCGAGGAAGACGUGGAGCCCAGAGAUGAGUCUGGACACCUGAUUGGGAUUGUCGAUUUAAGCGGAGUCCUUAGCAAGUGGACAAAUUACAUCCAUGGAUGGCAGGACCGUUGGGUGGUCCUGAAAAACAACACACUGAGCUACUACAAGUCCCAGGAUGAGACUGAGUACGGCUGUCGGGGUUCCCUCUGCCUUAGCAAAGCUGUAAUUACUCCUCAUGAGUUUGACGAGUGCCGGCUGGACAUUAGUGUAAACGACAGUGUGUGGUACCUCAGAGCACAAGACCCCGAGCACAGACACCAGUGGAUCGACUCCAUUGAGCUGCACAGGAGUAUCAGAGAGGGGAGGAGAGAGAAGGGAGGAAUCCAGGGAACAAUAUUCAUCUCUCCACCGCUGGUGCGUUUGUUGGCGGAUUCUGGAUAUGGCUCUGAGUCCAGUCUGCGGAGACAUGGCUCCAUGCUGUCUCUCACAUCGGCCACCAGCGGCUUCUCCGCCACCUCCACAUCCUCCUUCAAGAAGGGUCACAGCCUGAAGGAGAAGCUGGCGGAGAUGGAGACAUUCAGAGACAUCUUGUGCAGACAGGUGGACACGCUUCAGAAAUACUUUGAUGGCUGCUCUGACGCCGUGUCUAAGGACGAGCUGCAGAGGGAUAAAAUCGUGGAGGAUGAUGAAGAUGACUUCCCCAACACCAGGACAGAUGGAGAGUUUCUGCACAACAACAACGGUAGCAAAGAAAAAUUGUUCCAGUCCUUGAGUCCUAAGGGAAUCAAUGGCAUAGACUUUAAGGGUGAGGCCAUCACAUUCAAAGCCACCACCGCUGGGAUCCUGGCCACUCUGUCCCACUGCAUCGACCUCAUGGUGAAGAGAGAGGACAGCUGGCAGAAGAGACUGGAUAAGGAGAUGGAGAAGCGCCGAAGAAUAGAGGAGGGCUACAAAUCAGCUCUUAAGGAGUUGAAGAUAAAGUCUCACUUUGGAGGUCCAGAUUACGAGGAGGGUCCUAACAGCCUCAUCAAUGAGGAUGAGUUCUUUGAUGCAGUUGAAGCUGCUCUCGACAGACAGGACAAAAUAGAGGAACAGUCUCACACUGAGAAGACGAGGAUACAGAGAUCCAGCCCAGUCCCCCCCGGAGAUGUUUACUCCACCACCGGCACACACAGAUUCUCCGACAAGCUUCAUAGUCAGUCCACCCCCGCUCUCAUAGUCAGCGUCCCUCACGAGGUCCACAGAUUCAGCGCAGAGGUGGAGGAGAUGGUGCAGAAUCACAUGACCUACUCCCUGCAGGAUGUUGGUGGGGACGCCAACUGGCAGCUGGUUGUGGAAGAGGGAGAAAUGAAGGUGUACAGGAGAGAAGUGGAAGAGAACGGGAUUGUUUUGGACCCGCUGAAGGCCACACACUCCGUGAAGGGGGUGACUGGACACGAGGUCUGCCACUACUUCUGGGACACGGCCUACCGCAACGACUGGGAGACCACCAUUGAGAACUUCAAUGUCGUAGAGAAUUUGUCAGAAAACGCAGCAAUUGUUUAUCAGACGCACAAGCGUGUGUGGCCGGCCUCUCAGAGGGACGUGCUGUACCUGUCCGCCAUGAGGAAAAUCUUGGCCAACAAUGAGAACGACCCCGACACCUGGCUGGUGUGCAACUUCUCUGUGGAUCAUGACGAUGCUCAGCCAUCCAACAGAUGUGUCCGUGCCAAAAUCAACAUCGGCAUGAUCUGUCAGACCCUGGUCAGCCCACCAGAGGGAGACAAAGAGAUCAGCAGAGACAACAUCCUGUGCAAAAUCACCUACGUCGCCAAUGUGAAUCCCGGAGGCUGGGCCCCUGCCUCUGUUCUCAGGGCCGUGGCUAAGAGGGAGUACCCCAAAUUCCUCAAGCGCUUCACCUCCUACGUCCAGGAGAAAACUGCUGGCAAACCCAUCUUAUUCUGAGGCGCACAGUGUUGAGACAAAAGGACAGAAACGCAUAUGAGGCUUUGAGGAUCCCGUGUCUUCAGACUGACUGCUGCUCUGCUGCUACCCAACGUUUUGUAAAGUGGUUUCUCCCUCUCAGUUUUUAGCUACAAGUUACUUCCAGUAGGGGGAGGCUGGGUCAAAAUGCUGCCCUCUGGUGGCUGCAUUCAAACAUCUGCGAGACAACUCUUCUCUUAAUAUUCUUGAGGCAACUGAAACCUUGCCGUCAAGAGCCAUUACUACUUGUGUCUCCCCGUCAAGCACUUAAUGGCUGUUAUUCCAAACAGAUCUUUUCAAGUUUGAUGAAAGAACAGUCUCCUGUGAUGAAUGCAGCCAGCAGGGGGCCCAGCCUCCCCAUUAAAGUUUUUUAUGCAGCGGCUGAUGCCAUCGUUCAUGCUCCUGUAGAAGAGGACUCGUCAUGUUUCUUACAGAUAUAUUAAUAUAUAAAUGUAUGUAUGUUCUAUAAGAAGUUUGUAAAAAGAAACAGACAGAUCUUUGCUAAUAGAAUGAAAUAUUUUAUUGCCAUUUCUAGCUCCUAUUUUGUGUUGAUUUAUUUCAUAAGUAAUUCCCCAGCUUCCUUUUUAAGCUGCUAACUUUUGCUAGUAAAACAUCACUGAUUGAUAAAGUCCAGAGGGCUGUCAUCUUCCCAUGAGCCCUAUGAUAUAAGACUUGACCUCUUUGACCCCGUCCCUCUCAUGAAAACACCUCCUGGCGGUGCUGACGGAGGGACGAGGGGAGAGGAGUGUGUCAUAUAUUUAAUGUAAAGAAAAAACAGUUGUUUGCUCUGCUUUAUAUUUGUGUUAUUGGUCAAUGAUGUACUGUCAUAUAGCACCCAUUUUGAAUGUUUAAUAAGUUGUAAAUAGAGUUGGUAACAUUUCUCUGAAGGUCACAUCGUUUUCGAGCCCAGAUGCCUUAGUGUAAGAGGAGAAUAAUCGAGAUUCUGAUGGGGAAAAUCACUAGUGAAGUGCCUCGUGGCUGAGUUCCCCUUAUAAUCAUCAUCUCUAGGAGUCAAUCAAAUAUAUUUACUGAGUGAACCAUGUGACAAUUAAUUUGGGUUUCCUAGCCGGAUAUUUCACAAGUUGUAGUAUUUCUUGAGAUACAUUUCAAAUUAAGUUCAGUAUCAGCAUCGUCUCCUCAACAUUUCUGGUGUGUGUGCUUCUGGUAAAAUACUGACAUCAUCAGGUGUUGGUAUAACUUGUAAAAAUGUUGCUAAGGCAAAGGUGGAGCUGCAAAGUCCAGAGUUUAGUAAAAGGAUCUUUGCUUUUUAAGAACUGGUGAAACGUUCCUCGUAAAUCAAAUUAAAACUUAAUUUUAUAGGAAUGGUACUUCUCACUCCUUAUUGGGGUUUAAUUUGUUAAUGCUGCUACAUUCAAGUGUUGAAAUGACAUCAAAGCUGUAGCUGGACUUUGCAUUUUCACAUUUGACUGAAACUGAUAUGGAAAUAUCCUUUCACACUCAAGAGUAUUUUGGUUUUCAUUUCUUUAGUUAUUUGCCAUGUAAAUCAUUUCAAGUUAAAGCAUACUUAGCUCUCCCUGAAUUUAUUUUGAGUACUAUUUUCCACCAAUGGACAGCACAAAAUGUUUCUGUCCUUGGGUUAGUUCUAUGAUAUUUGUUGCUAUCUUUUUCAGUCUCUCGUUGAGCCUUUGAUUUUAGAGCUCAUAGCAGAGUGAUGUGGGUGAGAGUGAAGCCAUAUGAUGCUCAGCCUCUCGGCUAAGUGGAAAGAAGAAAGUCUAAAGCACUUUCACCUUAAGCAGACAUUUCAAAUUCUAAAAUGAAUGUGAUUAGGAAUACGUUUUUGUAAAUAAUUUGUUCAUAAUUAUGGUGUGGGAUCAACUUGCACAUGUACUGUGACAGCGUUGCACUUCUGCCCUGUUGAAAAAGUGAAAUAAAUAAGUUUAUCCUCCAA